UCUCCAGGGUGCGGGAUGGACGCACAGGAAAUACUGUGACAUCCAGCAGUCUCAAACCUCCCAACAACUUCACUGGAGCGCAAACAUGAGAGCAAGCAGCAAAGCACAGAAACAUGGGUUGUCACAUGAUACAGAGAGAGAGUUUGGAGGGACUCUGGGAGCCAUAUGCAUUCCCAUCUUCCUUCCGUUGACUGUGCUCUUCCUGAUCUGCACAAGUCGAUCUCCUGAGGCCAGUUUGCUUCAGUGGCCUCCAGCUCUGCCCUCCACUGAUCAGCUGUGGGACCCUCUGGCCCCUGGUCUUCUGCUGGGAUGGAUUGCUCUGCAUGCCUUCCUUUACUUGAUGCCAUUAGGAAAGGUGUCAGAAGGAUUAGUGCUGAGAGAUGGAACACGCCUCAAGUAUCCCAUAAAUGGUUAUCAUGGCCUGUGUAUCAGUGCUGUGGUGCUGCUGUUGUUACUGGGGCUCGGCGUUCCUCUUGGAUAUCUAUUUGAGCUGCUCUUGCCUUUAGCAGUGUCUGCCAUAGGAAUUUCAUUCCUGCUCUCCAUCUACCUCUACAUCCGCUCCUUUUGGGCUCCUCUUCAUGGUCUGGCUCCGGGGGGAAACACAGGAAAUCCUGUAUAUGACUUCUUUAUUGGACGGGAGCUAAAUCCCCGGAUUGGGAAUUUUGACCUGAAAUAUUUCUGUGAGCUUAGACCAGGUCUGAUUGGUUGGGUGGUCAUAAACCUUGGAAUGCUGAUGAAAGAGGUGGAGCUUCGAGGUUCCCCGUCACUCGCCAUGAUCCUGGUCAACGGUUUCCAGCUGCUGUACGUGGCAGACGCUCUAUGGAAUGAGGAGGCUGUUCUGACAACAAUGGACAUCGUGCAUGAUGGUUUUGGUUUCAUGCUGGUCUUUGGUGACCUGGCGUGGGUCCCCUUCACAUACAGUCUGCAGGCUUCCUUCCUGGUUGUCCACCCUCAGGCCCUAAGUUGGCUCAAAGCUGCAGCUAUAGUAGCACUGAAUGGUGCUGGAUAUUACAUUUUCAGAAAAUCCAACUCACAAAAGAACCAGUUCAGACGAGACCCGACUCAUCCAAGUGUCACAGGACUAGAGACCAUUGCCACAUCAACAGGGAAGAGGCUGCUGGUCUCAGGCUGGUGGGGUCUCGUUCGUCAUCCCAAUUACCUCGGCGACCUCCUGAUGGCACUGGCAUGGUCCCUGCCGUGUGGAUUCUCACAUCUUCUGCCUUAUUUCUACGUGACAUAUUUCACCGUCUUGUUGAUUCACCGAGAAGCCCGUGAUGAGAGACAAUGUAGGACCAAGUAUGGACCGGCGUGGGACACCUACUGUCGUCGUGUCCCAUACAGGAUCUUCCCAUACGUAUACUGAAAAGGACGGUUGAUACAAGAAACAGCAGCAACACUGAUGCACGAUAUCAUCUUGGUGUACAUUUACAUUUAAUUGUAAAUCAGCCUCUACUUCUUAUCACACAGACCACAAGCGAUACCAGUACUGCUAUGAAAUCUACUGGAGGACAUUAUGCGUUUUAUCAGCUUUGAUUUAUAAAUGGCUGAUUAUUUUUGUCUAAUUCUUUAUAUUUUGACUUUAAAACCCCACAGGACAGGUUGUAGAGGAAGCCAGUUAUUGCUACAUGUCUGUUUUAUAAGUCUCGAUGAAAAUACUGAGCAAACCAGUUAAUAUUAGUGCCUUUUUUAAUAAAAAUGCCAGUAAUAGCAUUU